AUGGACCAGGCCGAAAAAGAAUAUCUAAAAAUAUGGCUUUCCCAUACGGUCAUGGGUGUUGCGGCUACCAUAGCUAUUGUCCUUCGGUUCAUAGCAAGGAGGCGAACCAAAGCAGUCCUGAAGUGGGAUGAUUGGAUCGCGCUUUCUGCUCUUCUUUUCAUGUGGGGCGAUUUCGCCUGUACUAUUCUGGGUAAAUCAUUCAUCCUUAACAUAUGGUCCACGGAUUCAAUACUAACGAUAUGGCCAUGUAGAGAACUCGUCGCACGCAUGUCUGUCAUAUUCCUCUAUUACAGACUCUUCAGCAUCAAACGGUGGCUUGGAUGGAGCCUGAAAACCGUCGGCGCGCUCUCCAUUCUUUGGCUUCUCUGCCUCAUUUUCACCGUGUCCUUUCAAUGCAAGCCCAUCGCCGCCCUUCUCGACGCUACUGUCGCAGGAGAAUGCCUUGACAAUCAAACUGGAUUCUUGUCUAGCGAGAUUUUCAAUGCAUGCCUGGACUUAGCACUCGUAUGCUUACCGAUUCGGAUUAUUUGGAAGUUACGGCUACCAUUGCGUGAGAGGUUUGGUAUCGCAACGAUUUUCUUGACCGGAGGAUUGUGA